GGUCUCCAUUUAAUUUGCCGCCGCGUGGCGUAACGAACACUACAAAUGUUUGUAAAAAAUAAAUAAUUAAAUAAAAUGUUUUUUGUGCUAAUAUUUGGACUUCUUAUAUGUGGAUAUAGUGCUGUUCCUAAUUAUUAUGAAACGUAUUCGGGAAAGCCGAUUUCGGAGGAGGAAUAUAAACAACAUGUAAAAAGGAAUACUUCGUUUUGGUGCACCAACGAGAUCCUACCAUGCAGUCCUUUGGAAGGAAGGCGUAUAGAUGGCUCCUGCAACAACCUGAAGUAUUUCACUAUGGGGGCACCACACACCCCCUUCUAUCGAAUGCUUCCCCCUGUUUUUAGCGAUGGAUAUGAACCAAAAACAACAAAGAGUGGAGAGGCCAUGCCGCUCGCUCGUGCUGUAAGAACUAACAUGCUGGCUGAGGGCCGGGUACCAGACCUGCAGCUGACCCAGAUGUUCGCACACUUCCUCGUCUUCUUUACUGGAGAUUUCGUGUCUUUGCAUGAUACUGUAAACUACAUAGUCUGGAAGCCGUACUGCUGCUUAGAGAAAGGCAAGCAAGACCCCGACUGUGUUCCAAAUUACAUCCCCAAUGAUGAUCCAGUACAUCGGUUCUCGAAUGUUCGCUGCAUGAACAUGACGAAGCCAGAGUCCUAUCAGUCCGUGAAAUGUCUGCCUAAUAACACGCUACCUGAGAGAAUUUCAACAUCAACACCAACAUUUGACUUAUCCCACAUUUAUGGAAACAACAUGCGAGCUCUCAACGAAAAAGGAAGGUUAUUUAAAGAUGGUCUGCUAAAAUUCGAAAUUGAGGCGGGAAAAAUAUGGCCGCCGAGCACGAAAGGUCCUAAUCUAUGCUAUGCGAACCAGAAGCCUCAUGAAACGAGAUGUCAUGAUACACCCGAAGACGGUCCCAACACGAUCCUAGGUAUAAACUUGAUGUCCAUUUGGAUCUGGCGCUACCAUAACAUGAUAGCGUCAGCUCUGAGCAGCAUCAACCCGUGCUGGAAUGAUGAGAGGCUGUUCUUCACCACUAGGGAAAUCGUCAUAGCCACAAUUAUGCAGAUAUCGUUCUAUGAACUGUUCCCGGCGUUUAUGGGUUAUGACAAUCUCGUCCACGACGGAGUCCUUUGUCCCGACCUGGGCUUUAGAGAUAUUUAUAAUGAGAAUCUACCGCCGCAGAUUUCUUUAGAAUUCCCGUUUGCAUGGAGGUGGACGCAUACUAUCCAAGAGGGAGUUAUCAAGCUUUACGAUGACAAAGGUUACCACUUGAAGGACACAAGGCUAACAAACAUGACGUUGAGAACUGGUUUCCUAGUGGACAAUAUAGAUGGUAUAACUCAGGGUGCUAUUCGUCAGGCAAAUGCUAAAUUUGAUUACGUCGUUGAUCCGGAUAUGGCCGAAGUUGUGCUCGGUCCACACCAACAUGCAUCAGAUGUAUUUACAAACGACCUUGCUAAGAACCGUCAAUUCUUAUUCCCACCUUAUAUUAAGUACAGAGAAUUCUGUUUCGGCAAAUCAGUUAAGAGCUUCAGUGAUCUGCUGGAAGCUAUCGGUCCUGAGAGACUCGAUUUAAUCAGAGAGAAAUAUAAAGCCGUGGAGGACAUUGACCUAAUUGUCGGAUUGUGGUUAGAAAACUACAUUCCUGGAGGUCGUGUACCAAGCACCUUCUAUUGCAUUAUUGUCCAACAAUUGCUGAGGUCCAUAGCAUCAGACAGACAUUGGUAUGAACGACCGAAUAGACCAAAUGCUUUUACUAUUGACCAAUUGCUGGAGAUAAGAAAGGCUACAGUAUCAGGAUUUUUAUGCAGUGUAGGAGAUUCCAUAAGAGAAAUACAACCACGUGCGUUUUACAGGGCUGGCCCUGGAAAUGAAAUGGUGAGCUGUAAUCAGAUACCGAAGAUGAAUAUUUGGGCGUGGCACGACCCUACGUGUAAAACCAACCCCUAUCAAUUCAAACAGGCAUAAAAUAUGUAAUAUCUACUCCUAGAGGUUUAGCAUUUUUGCUAAUCACCUAUAAAUGGCUUUAAUAAUUAAUUAAUUAUUUAAAAAUAGUAAUGUCUACAGUAUGGAUGUGUAUUGAAUUUAUUUUUGAAUAAAUAAAUCCUGUGUUUAAUUAUAA